AUGACGCGCUGGGUGCCCACCAAGAGAGAGGAGAAAUACGGCGUGGGAAGUGGCGCGCGCGACCUGGGCGGGCCGGGCGCCCUGCCCGCCACUCGGUGGGCCCGGCCUGGACCGUGCGGGACCCCCGGAGCGGAGCGGCGGGCCGAGCGCUCCGGCGUCCCCGGGCUCGGGGAGCGGUCCCAAAAGCAGAACAUAGAUAUUAACAGACAAGCGAAGUUUGCUGCCACCCCUUCUCUGGCCUUGUUUGUCAACCUCAAAAAUGUGGUUUGUAAAAUCGGAGAAGAUGCCGAAGUGCUCAUGUCUCUUUAUGACCCCGUGGAGUCCAAAUUCAUCAGUGAAAACUACCUGGUUCGCUGGUCAAGUUCAGGAUUGCCUAAAGAUAUAGACAGAUUACAUAAUUUGCGAGCUGUCUUUACUGACCUCGGAAGCAAAGACCUGAAACGGGACAAAAUCAGUUUUGUUUGUCAAAUCGUUCGAGUGGGUCGCAUGGAGCUGAGGGACAACAACACCAGAAAACUGACCUCGGGCUUGCGGAGGCCUUUUGGAGUGGCCGUGAUGGACGUAACAGAUAUAAUAAAUGGGAAAGUAGAUGAUGAAGACAAGCAGCAUUUCAUCCCCUUUCAGCCGGUGGCGGGGGAGAAUGACUUCCUUCAGACUGUUAUAAACAAAGUCAUUGCUGCCAAAGAAGUCAACCACAAGGGCCAGGGUUUGUGGGUAACCUUGAAAUUACUUCCUGGAGAUAUCCAUCAGAUUAGAAAAGAAUUUCCUCACUUAGUGGACAGGACCACAGCGGUGGCUCGGAAAACGGGAUUUCCGGAGAUAAUCAUGCCUGGUGAUGUUCGAAAUGAUAUCUACGUAACAUUAGUUCAAGGAGAUUUUGAUAAAGGAAGCAAAACCACAGCAAAGAAUGUGGAGGUUACAGUGUCUGUUUACGACGAAGACGGAAAACGGCUGGAGCAUGUGAUUUUCCCGGGCGCUGGUGAUGAAGCGAUUUCGGAGUACAAGUCUGUGAUUUACUACCAAGUAAAGCAGCCACGUUGGUUUGAGACUGUUAAGGUGGCCAUUCCCAUUGAGGACGUCAACCGCAGUCACCUUCGGUUUACCUUCCGCCACAGGUCGUCACAGGACUCCAAGGACAAGUCUGAGAAAAUAUUUGCACUAGCCUUUGUAAAGCUGAUGAGAUAUGAUGGGACCACGCUGAGGGACGGGGAGCACGAUCUCAUCGUCUAUAAGGCGGAGGCGAAGAAGCUGGAGGAUGCUGCCACGUACUUGAGCCUGCCCUCCACGAAAGCAGAGUUAGAAGAAAAGGCCCACUCGGCCACCGGCAGGAGCAUGCAGAGUCUUGGGAGCUGCACCAUCAGCAAAGACUCCUUCCAGAUCUCAACUCUCGUGUGCUCCACCAAACUUACCCAGAACGUGGACCUGCUGGGGCUCUUGAAGUGGCGUUCCAACACCAACCUGCUGCAGCAGAACUUGAGACAGCUGAUGAAGGUGGAUGGCGGCGAGGUGGUGAAGUUCCUCCAGGACACCUUGGAUGCCCUCUUCAACAUCAUGAUGGAGAAUUCCGAGAGCGAGACGUUUGAUACGUUAGUGUUUGAUGCUCUGGUAUUUAUCAUUGGACUGAUUGCUGACAGAAAAUUUCAGCAUUUUAAUCCUGUUCUGGAAACCUACAUUAAGAAACACUUUAGUGCAACUUUAGCCUACACACUCUAUGAAGACAAAGGAGAGGCGGACUUCAUGGAGUCCCUGCUGCAGCUGUUCCGAUCCAUCAGCGACAUGAUGAGCAGCGUGUCGGACCAGACCGUCAGGGUGAAGGGGGCGGCGUUGAAGUACUUGCCAACUAUUGUCAACGAUGUGAAGUUGGUGUUCGAUCCCAAAGAGCUCAGCAAAAUGUUUACUGAUUUCAUCCUAAAUGUUCCCAUGGGUUUGCUGACCAUUCAGAAGCUGUAUUGCUUGAUUGAAAUCAUUCACAGUGACCUCUUCACACACCAUGACUGCAGAGAGAUCCUGCUUCCCAUGAUGACGGAUCAGCUCAAGUACCAUCUGGAGAGACAGGAAGACCUGGAGGCCUGUUGCCACCUGCUCAGCAACAUCCUGGAGGUUCUGUACAGGAAGGACGUGGGGCCAACUCAGAGGCAUGUCCAGAUAAUCAUGGAGAAACUUCUCCGGACAGUCAACCGAACCGUCAUUUCCAUGGGACGGGAUUCCGAACUCAUUGCCCGAAAAUCCACCUGGUCCUUUUCCAGCUGCCUUUUGACGGUAAGCUACUUUCACUGCAUUGUAACAAGCCACUGACAUGCAUUUAUAUACAGUCCGGUUUAUAGAACAGGCUGAUUUUUCUAUGAUUCUAGAAGCAAGUGUCCAAGUUGAAGGGUCAGCAAAACAACAUUUUGGAGACAGAAACAUUUGAUUCUAGUUUACUUGUCAUUUACUUCUAGCAAAGGAUAUGUAUUUUCUUCUAAGUCUUUAUUCUCCUGGUGGUUUCUUGCUACAUAUUUACAUUUAAGAUGCCAUUAAUAAAAUUUUAUGAAGGAUCUUAAAGAGUAAUUGAGGUGCUCCAACCCAGCUAUUUUAUUGUCUACUCUGAUAUAUUGUAGAUGUUUCUCUUCUACAGAUGACUGAGGUAUGCAAUUGCAUCUGUGAUUUUUUUUCUCAAGAAAGUUUUAAUAAUAAUUUAGACAGUUUUUCAAGUUUUGUAUUAUGGGAUCCCCCCCCCAGCCCCCCGCCAGAUUUUAGCAUUCUCCUUCCCAAUCAUUAUUCUUAAGUUUGGUUUCUUAGGCAAAAGAUGCACACAUAGGUCCCUUUUAUUUCCCCUCAUUUCUAGAACACGUUAUCAUUUCACUAAGUUUGGUUGAUGGCAUUUCAAAAAAAAUAAUUUUUCAAAUCCAGGAACAAAACAUCCAGUUAAAGAGUUUUCAUUGGCAACCAGACUAGAUACAUUGGUCUUCCUUGUGUGACCAUAGUUCUUUCUGCUUAUCCUGGGAGGGGACAAGUAAGGUGACAUACAUGACUGUCCAGGCAGCAAGCCAAGAACAUAGGUAGCAUUGGAUCUGUUUGGUUUCUGUGGCUGGCAUGAGUAAAGGAUGCGGUUUUGGGUGAAGUCACAGUUGGGUAGCAGAGAAGUGGGACAAUUGCUGUCUUAGUAUGUUUCCAUCCAGUAAAACAGCCUACUUUAUGCUUCAGAGUUUCAACAUGUGUUACGUUCAGAUUUCCCUUUUUAAGGUAUGUCUCAUUUAGGUUUGGACAAUCACAUGUAUAAAUUAGGAAAUAAAACAUUUCCCUGUAUGUUGGCUUUA